AUGACGGUCGCGCUCCCGGAGCGGAUGUAUCGGCUGUUCGGAAAGGACCUCUUCACGGUCCUCGUGGAGCGGCUCAUCGUGCACACGCAUCCGUGGGUUCAGGCCGUCGCGCUGCGGAUCUUGCGGGAUUACCUCUACCGCUACGUCGAGCCCCGGUGUGGGUACUUGCAGGAGGGGCUCCCGGACGAGACGGCCGCCGAGGAUCCCGCGUUUACGAGCGACCUGCCCUAUUUCUUCUUCCGCAGAGGCCGCGAGGGCGUGCGGGGCGGGGACCAAAGGGGAGGGGGGGGGGGGGGCUCCUCCUCCUCCCGUGGCGACCCGCCGGAGGCCGCGAUGGCGGUGCUUCAGCAGUUCUCCGCCCUUCUCAAGCGGUUAUUAAUCCGCGUGGAGGCCUCGGAUGUUUCGAGGGAGCGCUACGCCGCGCACGAGGCGAUUCGCCAUCCCUCCCGCAGCGACGCGCUGAAGGUGAUGGUCUACGCGAGCAAGGCAACCGCCGCCCUGUCGCUUCAUCUGCUCCACCACGCGGAGGGGAAAUCGAGGGGACGGAAUGGCCAUCACCGCGCGAAAGAGGCCGACGUCGUCAGGGGGUUCAUUCAGCAUCAAUACGCGCAGCUGCAUCGCCAGAUGCACACCACCGUCGCGCCGAUUUUACGGCAGCGAAGCGUCGUGAAUUACCUCGUGCGGAGCGCGACGAUGGUGCAGUUCUUCGGAGGCUACCUCGCGGUCUUGCCCAGCCACGAGGAGGCGAGUCCUCCCAACCCGGAUGGGUCCGAUCCCGUCGGGUGGUUGUUGCGGGAGGGAAUGGGGGUGUUAACCUUUGUGCGCGAUACCGUGACCCCGUUGCUGAGGGUGAGUUUAAAGGCCGGGGAGGUCUCCCACACCCUCGCAAGUUUCGCCCACCAGGCCGCGGAGGUGGUUCAACAACAACUCGAACUGCGGCGGGAGGGGUUGUGCGGGGGAGCUGCGAAGGCGUCGCCGCAACCGCGCCCGACUUCUUCCCCCUCCACCCCCCUCGAUCAUCCGCUCGAAAAACGACAAAAACGUCGGCGGGUAGAAGCGGAAAACGAAAAGGACAUAGUGGAAGCGGAAGACAACGAGGAGGAAUCAGAGGAGGCCCUCAGCACGCUCAACGGGGUGUUGGCAACCUUGGCGACGAGCAUGGCGUCGAUUCGGGAAACCCGCAAAACAGGGCUUCUGGUCAAGGAUGCGAAGAAGGUGUUGAAGCGCAACACACGCGCGAUGUUGGCGGAGAGAAAGCGAAAACGAAAAGGAUAA